AUGGCGGCCGAGAUUGGGGGCGGCAGCCAGCCGAAAUACGAAAGAUCGCGGCAACAGUCUGAGAAUCCAUUCGCAAGCUUGAUUCCAGACCAGGACAUUGCUGUUAUUCCUUCCUUUACUCUAGAGUCCGGCGUCACUUUGCACAACGUGCCACUGGCAUACACCACUCGCGGCAAACUUUCCCCCAGCCGCGACAAUGCCAUGGUCAUUUGCCAUGCAUUGACCGGAAGCGCUGAUGUUGGCGACUGGUGGGGGCCCCUCCUUGGCGGUCCGGGCAGAGCUUUUGAUACCUCGAGAUUCUUCAUCGUUUGUAUGAACAGCUUGGGUAGUCCCUAUGGCACUGCCAGUCCAACCACAGCCAAAGAUGGUAACCCUGACAACGAGAGAUAUGGUCCGGAAUUUCCGCUUACCACGAUUCGGGACGAUGUCAAUCUACACAGGUUGUUGCUAGACGACCUGGGUGUCCGUCAAGUGGCUGCCGUCAUCGGCGGAUCCAUGGGUGGUAUGCUCGUACUCGAAUGGGCGUACUUUGGCAAAGACUAUGUCCGCUGCAUUGUUCCCAUCGCGACAUCUAGUCGCCAUAGUGCUUGGGGCAUUAGCUGGGGUGAAGCACAGCGUCAGAGCAUCUAUGCUGAUCCCAAAUACGACGACGGCUAUUAUAGCUUUGAUGACCCACCGGUCACUGGUUUAGGAGCCGCUCGUAUGUCAGCGCUUCUUACUUACCGCAGCAGAAAUUCCUUUGAAGCGCGAUUCGGUCGUAACACACCAGAUCCUGCUAGGAAGCAGACAAUCACCGAGCGGCCUCGGCCAUCCACACCUGGCGAGACGCACUUCAAUAUCCACAAUGAUGGACACAGAGUCACGCGAUCAUCACUAUCGAGGACCAACAGCAUCGCCAGCCAGACAGCACAGCCUGGAGAAGCGCCUGUCGAGAUGAAAUCGUUGGAUCCACAGUUCUCUGGCCCCAAGGAGAGCUUGGCCGGUGGUGAUAGGCCAUCUACGACCACCUAUUUCUCCGCGCAAUCAUACCUCCGGUACCAGGGUCAGAAGUUUGUCAAGCGUUUCGACAGCAACUGCUAUAUUGCUAUUACUAGAAAGUUGGACACCCACGACGUGUCUCGCUAUCGUGCUGACACGAUACCCGAGGCCCUUGCUCUUAUUGAGCAGCCUACACUUGUCCUUGGCAUCGAGAGUGACGGUUUAUUUACGUUCGCAGAACAACAAGAGAUUGCGCAGCACAUCAAGGAUUCAAGAAUGAAGGAAAUUGUCAGUCAGGAAGGUCACGAUGCGUUUCUGCUGCAGUUCGAGCAGGUCAACAGAUAUGUCCUAGAUUUCUUGCACGAGGUUCUCCCGGAUAUUAUGGAGAAAGAAGGCGAGAUUGUAGAGUCCGCUUCUGUGGGAGAGAUGACCAAGUCAAGCGUAUUUGGCGAGGCGGAAGUUGAAGAUAUUACAGCUUGGUAG